AUGGGCAAGGUGAACUACAUUCGAUGUUUUAUACCUGGCCUGGCCCAGCUUGUUGCCUCAUUUACCCCCUUGCUGAAGAAGGGAGCAAGCUUCAUUUGGACCGCAACUCAACAGGAAGCGUUCCGAAAGAUUCAACGAAUACUGUCAUCUCCAUCCAUCAUGAAGUCUCCCGUCCAAGGGAAGCCGCUUUGUCUCUACACCGCCUUCAGUGACACCGCUGUCGGGGCCUUGCUCGCUCAAGAAGACGAUGAGGGAAUCGAACGUCUCAUAUACUACUUCAGUCGAAUACUAAGAGAUGUUGAACUCAAAUAUCCCAAGGCGGAGAAAGCAUGUUUAGCUCUAAUACAUUCCAUUCAGAAGUUUAGACAUUACCUGUUUUCCAACAAGGUGGUACUCAUGUCUAAAUCUGACCCUGCGAAGUUCUUACUUUCAAAAACGCUCCUGAUGGGAAGGACGGCCAAGUGGCUUCUCCAAAUUUCAGAGUUAUACAUAACGUGUGCAUCACCGAGAGCUAUCAAGGGGAAAGCAGUCGCAGACUUACUAGCAGCAUUCCCUGGGGAAGGCACUACGGGACUACACGAGGAUCUUCCUGGAGAAUUUCCAGACAUCUCCGUUGUCGAGGAAGAAGUGUGGCUAUUGUAUUUUGACGGCUUUGCCACUCCUAGCAGUAACACCGGAGGGGCAGGCGUAGUCUUAGUAUCUCCAUAUGGGGAAGUAUUCUCGCACUCCUUCAAGCUGGACUUCCAAUGUACCAACAAUUCAACAGACAACAACAAACACGCCGAUUGUCUAGUAACGAUGGCGUCUAAAUUGAAGUUCGAAGGAUUAGAAGAAACCCUGACAGUAAAGAGGAGAACCGUAGAAUCAACAUGGUUGUCACAAUACAUACACCGAGAUUUGCGAUUGGCGAACUACGAUCAUUCAGGAGCUCAGCAGCUCACUUUCUCAAGGAAAAGUCAGUCUCAAAACCCUGCAAAACUUCUUCAUGCUUCAUGUGUGCCUAAGCAUAUUAUCACUGAUAAUUGCACUCCCUUCGUCAACAAACAAGUACGAGAGUUACUUGAAGAAUAUGGAAUUAAGCAGGUCUUCUCCACUGUCUACAACCCUCAAGGAAACGGACAAGCUGAGAGUACCAACAAGACGUUGAUCUGGAUUAUCAGUCGAACAGUACAUGACAAUCCUAGAGAAUGGCACGACCAGUUAUGUAACACCCCGCGUUUUUAG